ACCACGAAGAUAGUCCCACGGGCUGGCCUAUGGUUCCCAGUCCUCUCCGAGCGGGGUCUCCUGCGGGUGGGUGGCUAUGGGGGCCAACACAAAGGCCCCAGGACCCGUUGGUGCGGGGGCCCGGAGUUUUACGGCUUGCCCCGCCCAGGUCUCGCGAGAGCGCAGGCGUACGUCUCGCGAUACGCGGGCGUAAAAGAGGGAGAUCUGAGCAGCGGCGACGGCGGCGCGGAGGCUGAGGCGUCUAGAAGGGAAGUGGCCAUGGAAGACCUGGGGGAGAACACCACCGUCCUAUCCACCCUGAGGUCUUUGAACAACUUCAUUUCUCAGCGAGUGGAGGGAGGAUCUGGACUGGAUGUUUCCACCUCUGCCCAAGGUUCUCUGCAGAUGCAGUACCAACAGAGCAUGCAGCUGGAGGAGCGAGCAGAGCAGAUCCGUUCCAGGUCCCACCUCAUCCAGGUGGAGCGGGAGAAGACGCAGAUGGAGCUGAGUCACAAGAGGGCCCGCGUGGAACUGGAGCGGGCAGCCAGCGCCAGUGCCAGGAGCUACGAGCGCGAGGUGGACCGCAACCAGGAGCUCCUGACGCGCAUUCGGCAGCUGCAGGAGCGGGAAGCCGAGGCGGAGGGGAAGAUGAGGGAGCAGCUGCAGCGCUACCGGGCGUGCCAGCAGAGCCUGGACGCGGCCAGCAAGAGGCUGCGGGACCGGGAGGACGGCCUGGCCGGGGCCGGCGAGACCGUCAGUGUGCUGAAGGGGAGGCUCUCGGACCUGCAGUGGAGCGUGAUGAACCAGGAGAUGCAGGUGAAACGCCUGGAGUCUGAGAGGCAGGAGCUGAAGGAGCAGCUGGAGCUGCAGCACAGGAAAUGGCAGGAAGCUAACCAGAAGGUUCAGGAGCUCCAGGCCAGCCUAGAAGCACGGGUGGACCAAGAGCAGAGGAUUAAGGAUUUGGAGCAGAAGCUGACCCUGCAGGAGCAGGACGCUGCAAUCGUGAAGAAUAUGAGGUCUGAGCUGGCGCGGCUGCCCACGGUGGAGAGGGAGCUGCGGCAGCUGCGGGAGGAGAACGCCUGCCUGCGGGAGAUGCGGGACACCAACGGGCUGCUCCGGGAGGAGCUGGAGGGGCUGCAGCGGAGGCUGGGGCGGCAGGAGAAGAUGCAGGAAACCCUGGUCGACCUGGAGCUGGAGAAGGAGAGGCUGCUGACGAAACUGCAGAGCUGGGAGAGGCUGGACCAGACCACGGGCUUGAGCAUCAGGACCCCAGAGGACUUGUCCAGGUUCAUCGUGGAGCUGCAGCAGCGCGAGCUCACCCUCAAGGACAGGAACAGCUCCAUCACCAGCAGUGCCCGGGGGCUGGAGAAGGCCAGGCUGCAGCUCCAGGAGGAGGUCCGCCAGCUCAGCAGCCAGCUGCUGGAGGAGAGGAAGAAGCGGGAGAUGCACGAGGCCCUGGCCCGGCGGCUGCAGAAGCGCGUCCUGCUGCUGACGAAGGAGCGGGACGGCAUGCGCGCCAUCCUGGGGUCCUACGACAGUGAGCUGACCCCGGCCGAGUACUCGCCCCAGCUGACCCGCCGCAUGCGCGAGGCCGAGGACAUGGUGCAGAAGGUGCACGCGCACAGCUCGGAGAUGGAGGCUCAGCUGUCACAGGCCCUGGAGGAGCUGGGAGGCCAGAAACAAAGAGCCGACAUGCUGGAGAUGGAGCUGAAGAUGCUGAAGUCCCAGGCGGGCCCGGCCGAGCAGAGCUUCCUGUUCUCCAGGGAGGAGGUGAGCUCGCUCAGGUUGAAGGUUGAGGAGCUGGAGGGAGAGCGGAGCCGUCUGGAGGAAGAGAAGAAGGUGCUAGAGACACAGCUGGAGCGGCUCACCCUGCAGGGGGACUACGACCAGAGCAGAGCCAAGGUGCUGCACCUGAGCCUGAACCCAGCCGGCGCGGCGAGGCAGCGGCUCCACGAGGACCGGCAGCGGCUGCGUGAGGAGUGCGCGCGGCUGCGGGAGCUGGUCCACGCCCUGGAGGCCGGCGGCGCCGUCCCCCCCGACCUGGAGGCCGCCGCGGGGCUGCCCUCGUCCGGGGCGGUGGCAGAUCGCUUCUGUGCAAGGUGACAAGCUGCUUGCGCGAGUGAGCAGUUAAUCACAGAGAUCUCCGUCUGAACGCCGGCACCGUGCUUUCCAGGGCGGCCGUCUGCCAGGAGGCCUGGCGGUGGGCACGCGCUGCUCAUCUGCAUGUAAUUCCAGGGCUAGCGUCUCCUCUCUCGUGUGAAACGUGCAAUUUCCGGCCCAGCGGGGAACACGGGCUCACGAUGGAGAGCCUCUUCUGGGCCGUCUGGCUGCAGGCAGUUCAAACACAGCCGUCCCCUCUGGUGGCAGGAGGCUCUGGCCAGCGGAUGUCAGGGUCCUGGGCCCCUGUCACUGAAGCUGGCUGCGGGGGACAAUGGUGCCCCGCUGUGCCCUUUCUUGGAAAGGCCUCCUUGCUGAGCGCUGUGCGGGGAGGGGAGCCGGGGACCACGGAGCUGCCCGGCCGGCUGGCCCUGGGCCCCUCGGCGCCUGCCAACCACACAGGCUCCUCUCCUCCCCCCUCCUCUCCCGGAAUAUGGAUCUGGGACGGGAGGCGGCGUCCAGGAGGAUGGGCAGGAGGCUCGUGCCACGUCGGGCGGCAGCCCAGCUCUGCUGUGAAGGUGGCCCACCAUCUCCUCCCUCUAGGUGGCCAGCCGGGCCAGGGCCCUCACCCAGUCACAGUCCCACAGUGCUGGCUCCCACGGUGGCUAAUAAAAUUGCAUCAGUAUUUGAUGCCUAAUUGUUAAGUACUUAAAAAUGUAGAAUUGAAAUAGUUUAGAAGUUACCAGGCGUGGAUAAUUCGGCCCCGGCAGCGUGGCCCCGCUCUGGGCCUCAGCAGAACCAGCACUGGUUACUGCCCGCUGGGAGGCCGGGGCUGCCUCCCGAGGGGCCUGCCGGGGGGCCGGCUCCUCCCCAGGGAAGCGAGUGGCCAAGGGCGCCCGAGGCAGCACCAGUGGACGGGCCGCGUGGCUCGGCACAGCGCCUCUUUAUCCAGGUCAGCCUGGGCUCCGU